AUGACCAAUUCUACAAUGAGCGAAACCGCCAGUGAGAAUUCUGUAGAUUCUGAAAAGCCGGUACAACUUCCUGACGAUGUUAUAUUCCCGCCUUUCCCAGAGCCUACAGAUGACGAUUUUGAGGAAGAUAUUACUGAAGAGGAAAGGAAUUAUUAUAGGGAUAAGUUUAAAGAUUUAAAUACUAUAAAAACUCAGCGGUUACAUUGCUCUGCUUGUGAUAGACAUCUAGGCUGUGCGACACGUAAUGAAUCACGUAUGCGUCCACAUCCUAUGCUCAGAACCCUUGUAUGUCAUACUUGCCAUACUUUUUACAAUAGUGGAGAAUUUGAAAAGGGCGAUGACGGUUCGGAGCUCUACUGUCGAUGGUGUGGCCAGGGUGGUCAAGUUUAUUGCUGUUCCGAUUGCCCCCAUGUGUUUUGUGCGAGAUGUAUUAGAAGAAAUUUAGGCACUCCUAAAAUUAAAGAAAUAGAGCAAGCUGAUGAUUGGAAAUGUUUUAAAUGCAAUCCAAAAUGUUUAUGGGAUCUCCGCGCUAUCUGCUGGGCCGUUUUGCGCUAUUGUGAUCAGAAAAACAAAAUUGCAUACAACACUCAAGAUCCUGAGUUAAAAGAGACUUAUCAAAAGGACUGUGCAGUAGAUUAUUCCGAAUGCUGUAAAAAUAAAACAAGAAGGAAAGAGAAACCAGAAGUUAUUAAAAAGAAAGAAGCUGAAACAGCAGCCAAGAAGACUACUGCAUCAAUAAUAUCAAAAAUCUCUCCCGCCAUUCAGGUGAAAAAAUUUGCAUCCAUUAACCCCGAUGACAGACAGGAGAGAAAACCACAAAAGAGGCCUGCAAGCCCAAAAAACAAGACGAUAUUCAUAAAGAAUCCCAUAGCAAUCUCAGGCCCGAGCAGUUUGAACCCCAUGAACCUGCCUACUCCGCAACCGAAGAAAAUACGGAUGACACCCCCUCCAAUGAUGAAUACAGUUAGAUUCAACAAUGAAAGAAAACAAAAUCCUGUUAUAAUCAGUCGGUUCAAACCAAAGCCAUCUGGAAUACCCAUAUUAUCUCACAGUAAUCAGUUUAACGGCUUCAAUAAUACAAGCACCUACAGUAAUGUUGGUUCGAAUGAUAACAUAAACUUAUCUCUGGAUAAUUUAACACAGGGUCUGGAUAUGGCAGCCGUGGCGGCGAUGUCGAGCGGCGCUCCGGACGAUGACGUCGUGUGCACGCCGGACCUGCCGUUGGAGCCGCUAUGCGAGAUGCUGGAGGAGAACGCGGACGACGACGUGCAGUGCAUUACGCCGGGGCCGGUGGCGGCGCCCAAGGCGGCGUCGCAGCUGGCGCUGGGCGCGCUGGGCGCCAUGGGCGCGAUGGGGCCGAUGGGGGCGCUGGCCCAGCUGGCGCCGCUGCCGCCGCUGGCGCCGCGCGCCCUCCACGCGGUGCCAGACCUCACGCCCGAGAACAUCGUGCAGAUGACCGAGAACGACGUGACCGUCAACGCGGCCACCGGCGGCCUCAAGUUCCGCGUCGACCCGCAGACGCUCUCCUCCAACAAGAUGUACCGGCUGCCCGACGGGCGCGUGUUCGCCAUCAACGCCAACCCCGCCAUGCCGGGCGGCUACUCGGCCACCAUAGUGGCCGUCACCGAGACGGCGCCCGGCCGCGCGGGCGGCGCGCCCAAGGGCGCCACCUACGCGGCCAAGCUGAGCGCCGUGGGCUCGCCGCCGGCGGCCGGCCCGCCGCCGCUCAAGAGCUACGGCGCCAAGGCCAAGCCAAGGGCCUCGCCGCGGGCCAAGGUGCACCGCGGCACCGACGCCUCCGCCAGGGAGUGCGACCUCAGCGUGCCCGUCGAGUGGUUCCGCUACAACCUGAUCGACGCCGUCGACGCGCUCGAGUACUCGCUCUCCAGGCUGCACAAGCUCAAGAAGGAGGCCACCACCAUGUACCUGAGGACGCGCUCGCUCGGCGAGAUGCGCAACCUGCACAGGAGCCUCGACCGCCUGCUGAGCACCUCCGUGGCCAGGUUCAACGAGGUGCGCGACAACAUCGGCAAGGAGAUGAAGCAGUACGUCUCCGAGAAGAUGGGCCUCGCGAACAACAACAACAACAACACGAGCGAGGACGACGACGACGUCGAAAUACUGCCCGACAUGGAGGAGAACGACGAUCCCAUCUUCAUUGACGAGAACUCGGUGGAGUCGAGCGCCAUAGAGAGCCAGGAGGUGGACCUGACCGGGGCGAGCGAGCACAACAACAGCUCGGACAAGUCGAUGGACAGGGCGGACAGCGCCGGGAACAUUACCGCCGACUGCCUCAACAUGGACGCGGAGGACGCGAACAUUGUUUCGGCCGACGUUUCGAUUAGUAACUUCGCCGCAUUCAGCAAGGAGCUAUCCGGGCAGGCGGUGGACCACAACAACGACACGGUCGAGGAGAGUGGUGACAAGAACGAAUCCGACGGCUCGGCGGCCAGCGGCUCCAAAGUAACAGAGAAGGAAGUGAACGGUGAACUGAGCGAGGCGUCCACCGAUCCCAGCGCAGCGAGCGGAGAACAGAGUAUCGGCAGCCCUUUGAAAUCGGACGACACGACGACGCGACGGAAACACCACGACGAUAAAGCGGUUACUGAAGAAGCGGCCCCGAACAAGGUGGAAACAGAAGCGACGGAA